ACAGUCACAGGUCAGAAACAGUGAGGAAACCACGCAGUGUGAUCACUUAUAAAGUCACUGGGCUGAAAAGGACACCUUGUAUAGCUGACUUUAACUCUUUUAUUUAUUUGUUUGUUAUUUUUUAACCAUGGACAUUUUGGAGAAGCAGCUGCUUUGUCCAAUUUGCCUGGAAAUCUUUACAAAACCUGUUGUGAUUUUACCAUGUCAACACAACCUCUGCCGGAAAUGUGCAAAUGACAUAUUUCAGGCAUCAAAUCCAUACCUUCCCACCAGAGGAGGGUCAGUGACUUCUGGAGGCCGUUUCAGAUGCCCAUCCUGCAGACACGAGGUUGUUCUGGACCGUCAUGGGGUUUAUGGAUUGCAGAGGAAUCUUUUGGUGGAAAACAUCAUUGAUAUGUACAAACAAGAGUCCACCAGCAGCAGACCAGCUCCAGAGAGUACAGAUGACCAGGCCAUGUGUGAGGUGCAUGAAGAUGAGAAGCUCAACAUCUACUGCGUGACCUGCAGCAUCCCCACCUGCUCCAUGUGCAAGGUGUUCGGCUCUCACAAGGACUGUGAAGUGGCACCUCUGAAAAGUGUAUAUCAAGUUCAAAAGACAGAGCUGACAGACAGCUUAGCAAUGAUAGUGGGCAACAACGACAGGAUCCAAGGCAUCAUUAGUCAGUUGGAGGAGACCUGCAGGGCUAUAGAGGAGAACGGCAGGAGACAAAAGUCACUGCUAUGUGAAAAGUUUGAUCAUCUUUACACCAUCAUGGAGGACAGAAAGAGAGAGAUGAGUCUCAAAGUGUCAACCGAGCAGGAGGAGAAGAUGAACUACAUCCGUGGACUCAAGAGAAAGUACGAAGAUCACCUGGAGAACAUGACCAAGCUUGUGGAGUCAGGGAUCCAAACGAUGGAGGAACCAGAGAUGGCUGUUUUCUUACAGACUUCAAAACCUUUGCUACAACAGAUGGGUGAAUCGACAAAUACCUCCCACUUGGAAAAAGUGGAACGUGGCUAUGUGAACAUGGACCAUUACACCGUUAACUUUAAGAAAGAACGUGGAGCUCUAAAUGCUCUGAAGUUUAUCGCAGAUGAGGAUGAGGAAGAGGAAGAUGGAGACGUAGCUGAAGCAGAGAAGGACGUCCACAAAGAACAGGCUAAUUUUGGAGGAGCAAAUUCAGGGUUUCUGAUCAGCCAACCCGCUCCUCUUCCUCUGCCUACAAAUCCAGUCAGAAACAUCAGCUCAUAGCUCUACAAGUUGAGAAGUUAUCUCAGUUUAUAGAGCUCAGUUUUUUAUGAAAUUGACAAAAAAUAAAUUGAUAAUUAGGAGAUUUAAAUUCACGUACAACUAACCUUUAAUACGGACACACCAAUCAAAGGCAUGUCUUGGUGUCUAUAUGUGUAAAUGUUCAAGCACCAAUUCUCUAAUGCUCUAUGGAUAGUGAUGAAGUAUGCAGAAGUAACAACCUCUACGGCCGAAUCAUUUAUAGUGUUUGACAUCUUACUACAGACUAAACGGUAAUAAAAAUACAAAAUGACACAAAAUAAAAGAAAAU